CUACCAUAACUUUCAUUAUCAAAUUCAAUACUAAUUCAUCUGUAUAUGUAUGCAAACUCUCUUUCAUCUUACCAUAUACCAUAUUUGACUAAAUCUUCUCUUAAACCAUAAUAAAACAACCCAUUUUAAGAAAUAUUUUAGUGAUCAAAGUUGAAACUACUUGCUAAAAAGUUGUAACCCUUUUUAGCUUGGUUCAUGAUGGAUGGUUUCAAACUUGUUAAAGAAGGUGAUCAAAUGGAUUUGCCACCCGGGUUUCGAUUUCAUCCAACAGACGAAGAAUUGAUCACUCAUUAUUUGUGUAACAAAGUUUUUGACAACAAAUUUUGUGCUGAUGCACUAGGUGAGGUAGAUAUGAAUAGAAUUGAGCCAUGGGAGUUACCUAGGUUGGCAAAAAUAGGCGAAAAUGAGUGGUACUUCUUUUGUCUAAGGGAUAAGAAGUAUCCAACUGGAACAAGAACAAAUAGAGCAACUGCAAAGGGGUAUUGGAAAGCUACUGGCAAAGAUAAAGAUAUAUUCAGACGAAAAUUACUUGUUGGAAUGAAGAAAACUCUGGUUUUUUACAAAGGAAGAGCUCCUAAAGGUGAAAAAACAAAUUGGGUUGCUCACGAAUAUAGAUUAGAAGGCAAGUCCUUCCAAACGCUACCAAAAUCCGCUACGAACGAAUGGGUGAUUAUUCGCGUGUUUCACAAGAAUUCUAGUGGCAACAAAGUCCAUAUUUCAGAGCUGAUGAAGAUUAAUUCAAAUAAAAAUGAAUCAAUUCCAGUUUCACUGCCACCAUUGAUGGACUACCCUAUGGUUGCGUGUGAUGGCACGAUACAGAAACCGAUCAUAUCUGAGCCACCACACGUACCCUGCUUCUCCAAUCCUAUUAACAUCGAAGAAAAAAACAUCUACAACAAUUUUCUAAACAAUCCUGAACUCAACUUGUCUUCAAAUUCCAGUCUCCGUAGAUUUGGAUACGCUAUUCCAACUGGACAAUGUACAUUUCCGACUAAUGAUAAAGCCAUUUUGAGAGGUAUGAUUGGUGAAAAUAUGAAACUUGAAAAAGAUAUUGUGACAAGUUCGCAAGAUACAGGGUUGAUCACUGAUAUAAACAGUGAACUUUCAUCGACUUUAUUUGGUCCAAUCGAUAUGGAUUGCUUUUGGAAUCAGCCAAAUAUCUAUGAGAAUUAAUAGAUAGCUAAAGAUGGCUAUUAUGAUGAUGAUAGAAUUUGUUGAUCUGCUUGAUAAAGAUUUGAUGGUGCAAAGAAUUUUCUGAUAUAUGAGAGAUGGGUAUUGAAGAUAAUAUAUAUUUUUAUUAUUUU